AUGGUGCGAACGAAAAUGGAUGAAGUAGCAAACGAAGCGAAGGGGCGGAACAGCGCUCACCAUUCUACGGGUAUAAAAGAGAACCGACUGGUUCGGUCGGGCAUCAGUUUCAGUUUUCGUUUGGAAUCUAAAACAACGUUAGCAGCACGAUGGCACCGAAAACCAGCGGAAAGGCCGCGAAGAAAUCCGGCAAGGCCCAGAAGAACAUUGUCAAGGGCGAUAAGAAGAAGAAGAAGCAGCGCAGGAAAGGAAAGCUACGCCAUCUACAUCUACAAGGUGUUGAAGCAAGUUCACCCCGACACUGGCGUUUCGUCGAAAGCCAUGAGCAUCAUGAACAGCUUCGUCAACGACAUCUUUGAGCGUAUUGCCGCCGAAGCCUCCCGCCUGGCCCACUACAACAAGCGUUCGACGAUCACAUCCCGCGAAAUCCAAACCGCCGUCCGGCUUCUGCUCCCGGGAGAGUUGGCCAAGCACGCCGUUUCGGAAGGCACCAAGGCCGUCACCAAGUACACCAGCUCCAAGUAAAUGACGACCGACACUGCGUUCAAUCACACCAAACCAAAAGGCCCUUUUCAGG